AUGUCCGGUGGGGGGCGCAAACAAGCACUGCGCUGCAUAUUGUCAGACGCUAUUAUAGAGCUUUGUCGUCGGGAGGCAUUCUACAUAACUGAACUCCGGAUUGAAGGAACUAUCUGUGUGGUUUCUGAUAGAUCAUCUGCUCUCAUCAUUCAAAUCACCGAACAGGUUGGCGAGAAAUCUGCUUCUGAAAUAGAACUGCCUGAAAAUAGGCAAACUCCCCAGUCAGUAUAUACAGUGGCCGAUGAUGCAACCAUUGCAGAUGAAAUUAGGGAUGUACACAAUAUGAGUGACGAUUUAGAGAAGGAAGAUUUUGCAGCCGAAGAGGCCCAGAUACACCAAAUGGUCGUUAAAGCAGGAUUAGUGGAGAGGAUGGAAGGAAAAUACAACUGCCCAUUCUGCCCCAAGAGAUACAGAUUCAAACAUAGCUUGAAAGAUCACAUCAAUAAACACACAGGUAAUCGACCCCACCAGUGCAAGCACUGCUCACUGAGGUUCAUACAUUUGAGUAGUCUGUGUGCCCACGUUCGUAGGAGGCAUUCUCAAGUUAGAGUUGCCAACUUUCGGUGCAACAUCUGCAACGACGUAUUCGCUACAGAGCAGUUCCUGAAACAGCAUCACACUUGGAAGCAUAAGGAGGGUCGUACCAAAGCCAUCAUGAAAGGGGGUAAAGAUGGUGAUUUGUCGUUGAUUGGAGGCAGUACGAACAACAACAACAACCACAACAACAGCUCCACAAACAAUAACAACAGCAGCAGUAACAACAAUAAUGACUCAAUAAUUCGAUGGUGCGAGAUAACAGGGGCCCCAGACAUCCCACAAUUAUUCUGGGACUCAGGUGGCAACAAACUUCGAUCUUCUGGCAAUCAAGACAGCAACAACAACAACAACGAAGGCAUCGACGACACUCAACAGCAGAACAUACUCUUCCAACAACAACACAUCAAACUCGAACCAGGCGGUAAUAGUAAUGGUGCCGUGGGCGGGAGUGGCCGAAAAAACAGCAGCAGUGGUAGCUUAGGAUCACCAAAUUUCAAUUUUCAUCAGUCACCUCAGUUCAACCGCCAAUCAAACUUUGGCUUCCCUUUCGGACCAUCAUCAACUCCGAUCGGUAACUUUCCUAAUUUCAGCAACUCUCAGGGGUCCAACUGGGGCGGUAGUGCCAUCAGCCCCAUAAAUUCUGGUUUGGGAGGGGGUGAAAAUUCGACCCUACGCAGGGCUGGAAAUGGAAAGUUUCAAUGUCCACACUGUGACAAAAGUUACAAUUUUAAACAUACAUUGAAAGAGCAUAUAAACAAGCAUUUAGGUCGCCGACCAAAUGUCUGCAAGCACUGUGGCGACUCAUUCAUCCACCUGGCCAGUUUGUGUGCCCACAUCAAAAGGGCCCACGAUGAGCACAUGCCCACCGACUUCGUUUGUCGUAUCUGCAAUGAAAAAGAAGCAAGAAUGUUGAUUGAAGGCAACACGCAGAACUUAGCCAACAAUUCGUCUGCUCUCAUUGGGGGAGGAGGAGGAGGAGGAGGAGGGAUGAACAUGGGUGCUGGAGGGCCCGGUAGUGUGGGGAGUGGGCCAGGGGGGCCUGGAAAUGUGGGGAGUGGACCUGGUCUGCCAAUGAUGCCUGGUGCUGGCAGUCCCUGUAUUGUGGAUCGAAAUAACAAUAAUAACAACAACAACAAUAAUAAUAAUAAUUUAAUUAAUAAUACUAACAACAGCAACAAUAAUAACAACACUAACAACAACAAUAAUAAUAAUAACACUAAUAAUAAUAACAACAAUAACGACAACAAUGGAGGCAUAUCUGCAUCGUCAGCUGCAGCCCAUUUGUGGCAGCAGCAGAUACUAGCAGCUCAGCAGCAGCAACAACAACAACAACAGCAGCAGCAAGACCUCGGCAAUAACAGCAACAACAACAACAACCCCUCAACCCCACAACAGCUAAUCGUUGACAGCCACACGCUACAGCAACAGCAGCUCCUGCUAGGUCUAGCCAAAGACGAGUACACGCCAUCAUCAAGCAACAGCAACAACAACAAUGCAACAAUGUCUAAGCAGCAGCAGCAAAUGCAGCAGCAACAACAACAACAGCCAAUGAUAAAAGAGUUAGAUUUUUUACAGGGUUUUGAGAGCUUUGCCCAGAGCAUUGGGGUUAACAUAGGGCUGGAUUCUCAUCACCUUCAUCAACAUCAUCAUCACCACCAUCAUCAGCAGCAACAGCAGCAGCAACAACGUCAUCAUCAGUAG